CCGCUCGAGCGCGUUCUUUCGGUGACGUCACGGCAGCGGGCGGAGCGAGCACUUCCUGGUUGUGUUGCGCUUGUUGUUGAUUUAUCUUCUUGAGGAAUGGUACGUUAUUUAUUUCUGGAACAAACUUGGCUUGGACGGAUUCCUCUUGCGCUGACUCUCCUCGGGCUCCCGUGUACCGUCUGCAACGUCGGAACCAGACCAGCUCACGUCUGCUUCUCCAGCGUUCCAUACACAACCGGUCAAAUCGUUGUUCCCAGUGCCUGCAACAUGACAUCCCCAGCAGCACCUCACAUCAAGUCUAGAUGCCCUCAGUACCCAGGGUCAAAUGUCAAACGAUUCUCUGUGCCUGAUGACAAAGUGGACUGGAAUAAGGACUGGCCCAGUCAGUAUAAUCCCCUCAGCUACACCGCUCAGUCUGUAGCGAACAAGCCAGCAUGGGCAGAUCCUGAUAUUGGGGCUUUCUCCCCUUUAUUCAACACUGAUGGUCCUGUGGACAGAACAAGCUUUGACGGCAACUAUAAAGUGAAGAAUGGAAAGCCACUAAAUCCUCAUGGACGCACAGGGUUGACUGGAAGAGGUUUGUUGGGACGAUGGGGACCCAAUCAUGCAGCAGAUCCCAUUGUCACCAGGUGGAAGGUCGGAGACAAAGGAGCAAAGAUGAAUCACUCAACCUCCAACAGGCCAAUCCUGCAGUUUGUGUCCAUCAAGAGGAAAGACUGUGGGGAGUGGGCCAUUCCAGGGGGGAUGGUGGAUCCCGGGGAGAAGGUCUCUCUCACACUGCAGAGGGAGUUCUCGGAGGAAGCGUUGAAUUCGCUGGCAGUCAAGCCAUUAGAGAGGGCACAAAUCCAUGAGCGUAUCGUUAAUCUCUUCAGAUCGCCAGGGUUUCUGGUUUAUAAAGGCUAUGUCGACGAUCCUAGAAACACUGACAACGCUUGGAUGGAGACCGUUGCCGUGAACUUCCACGAUGAAGCAGGUACCAGCGUGAGUGAGCUGCCGUUGCAAGCUGGCGAUGACGCUGGACAAGUCCAAUGGGUUGACGUCGACUCCUCAUUUGCCCUCUAUGCAAGUCAUUCACAUUUUCUGGAGCUGGUUGCCAAAGAAAGAAAAGCCCACUGGUAACUAAGAACAUAAGGGUAUGUUGUAUUUAAAAUAAAUAAAAAUGAAGAAAACACCAGAGAAUUAAUACUUGUAACUCUGAUCUUAGUUCACUUUAAUUUUGCAUUUAUGCUACAUGCCACCUAACCUCUUUGGAACCAUCCACUGUCAGAAUGAAUAUAAUAUUAUAUUACAGCUAUAACGAUCAAAGUCUGAAAGUCAUCCCGGUGUAGUGAUGGUUUAACUUUUUUAUUUGUGCCACUGUGUGCAGCUUGUGAUGUCACCGAGUUGUUUUAUGCUAAUGAAGUACUGUCGAUCUUGCCUCCUUGAAAAUGGCAUGUAGAGAUCUGAGUGGCCGUGUGAUCACAUGACAUGGCUUAAAUAUUGCACAAGACCAAAGUGUGCUCUUUGAAAUCCCUUUUAUAGUGCAGUGUUGUAAUGUGGCUUUUGUCACAGAACAGAAAAGAAAAGAAAAAAAAAUUGGGGGCAGGGGAGGAUAUAGUAGAGUGCCUAUAUACUGAGACUGGCAACAUUCAGUGUCCCAGGGCUGUAACUCACAGGUGCCACAUUGUUUCAGACACAAGAGUAUUCGCCCAUUGAUCACAUUGUAAAUCUCACACACAUCUCUCUCGAUGCAGCGGGUUGUUGAAUGCACGCUUUCAAUCCCCAAAAACUGUAAAAAUGGCAGGAUGUCAUGCAUAUGAGUGCCACAAAUUGUUCUAAAAGGGAUAUAAAAUGUACAGAUUUCCUGCAGAUAGAGAAAAGAGAAAAUGUGAUUAAAAUAAAGCAACAUCCA